UAGACAGCAAAGAAGGUAGUGUAGGUUAUGUUGGGUUAUUGUCAAACAGAAUAGGGUACCGUGCGGGUUAUUUAUUUGUUAUUUGCUUGCUGUAGAAACUAGGAAAAUGGUCAAGCUCACACCAGACAUCAUCAACCAAUCCAUGCAAUAUAUAAACCCAUGCAGAGACCGAGAGCUCGAUCUAAGAGGCUACAAGAUCCCGCAAAUCGAGAAUCUGGGUGCUACCCUUGAUCAGUUCGAUACUAUCGACUUCUCAGAUAACGACCUGAGAAAGCUGGACGGGUUCCCCUUCCUGCCUCGGUUGAAGUGUUUGCUGCUGAACAAUAACAGGAUAGUGCGAAUAGAUGAUUACCUGCAUGAGUCGGUCCCGAACCUAGAGUCAGUUAUUCUAACCGGAAACAAUAUUCAAGAGCUAGGCGACUUGGAACCUCUCACACACCUGAAGAAGCUGGAAACAUUGUGCCUUCUAGUCAAUCCUGUCUCGACGAAACCAUACUAUCGAGAAUAUGUUGCUUAUAAAUUCCCCAACCUUCGCCUGCUAGAUUUCCGCAAAAUCAAACAGCAACAUCGAAAAGAAGCAAUCGAGUUCUUCCGAAGCAAACGCGGCAAAGACAUUCUCAAGGAAAUAGCGAAAAGAUCUAAAAGUGCAAUUGUACCAGGUCAGGCGGCUCCAGGUUCUGAAAACAAAGGCAAGGUGCAAGGCGCUUCGAUGGAUGAUAUCCAAAAGAUACGAGAACUCAUCAAAAAGGCUAACUCUCUACAGGAGGUAGAACGGUUGACGCGGAUACUUCAGUCUGGACAAAUACCAAGCGAUUUGAUCCAAGGUGCAGAUGAACCAAUGGAGCAUUGAAAGGACACAGGUAAGGCAUUAUAAAUGAGUUGAUUUCAUCCAAGCCAAUUCAAUGAUAAGAACAGAUACUAAGCAUGAAAUCUUCAUUCAUAAUGUCGAAAAGCGAUGGGUUUUGAAUUCUGUGAAAUAAAUUUGAAUUUUUAGUAAA